AAAACAAAACUAUUCCUGCAACGCAAAUAAAGUAAAAAACUGUCGUAUAAAUUAUUAACUCUGCUCCCUAAAUUGCCAUUAUAUACCUGGCGAACAGGCCGACACAUAAUGAGUGGCAACAGCGUGGAAAGUGAUGCAAAACCGCAAGCAAGUGGAACUGAGUCCAAGAAACCCUCGACAAGAUCAAAAUCAACAGCGACCGAUAUUGAUUCGGAUGGAAGCAGCAGCGAAGAUGAUAGUACAAUGCACAUGAUUCGUCGUUUUUUCUCAAAGACAUUAAACAUGGCUUCGGACAAAGAGGACUCAACUGUGGACAAGGUAAUACCCGAAUUGACGUUUGAGGGUCUUCUAUCUCAUUGGCGCGAAAAUGGCUUCAAGAAAAUUGUGACCAUGGUCGGAGCGGGCAUUUCCACAUCUGCUGGCAUACCGGAUUUUCGUUCGCCCGGCUCCGGCUUGUACAACAAUUUGCAGCGCUUUGAUUUACCGCAUCCGGCAUCGAUAUUUGAUCGCGACUAUUUCGAGCAAAAUCCGUCGCCAUUUUUUGUGCUGGCCAAGGAGUUGUAUCCGGGUUCAUUUGUCCCGACGCCGGCGCAUUAUUUUGUCCGGCUGCUGCACGACAAAGGUCUGCUCCAGCGUCAUUAUACCCAGAAUAUAGAUACCCUGGAUCGUUUGACGGGUCUGCCCGAUGAGAAGAUUAUAGAGGCUCACGGCAGUUUUAAUACCAAUCAUUGUCUGAGAUGCAGAGAGGAAUUCGAUAUGGCUUGGAUGAAGCGCAAGAUUUUCGCUGAUGAAUUGCCCAGUUGUGAACAAUGUAUGGGUCUCGUUAAACCGGAUAUUGUCUUCUUUGGUGAGAAUUUACCGGAAUCGUUUUACACUCGACCCGAAGAGGAUUUUGAUGACUGUGAUUUGUUGAUUAUAAUGGGUACAUCGCUGGAAGUGCAACCAUUUGCCUCACUCAUCCAUCGGGCGGGUCCUCGUUGCAUUAGGCUGCUAAUCAAUCGAGAUGCCGUUGGGCGUUCGAGUUUCGCUCCUUGGUUGGAUGCCAGCGAGAGAUCUUUGCUAUAUGGAAAGUCCAAAAAUACUCGGGAUGUUGCCUUCCUCGGGGAUUGUGAUGCGGGUGUUUUGGCUGUGGCCACAGCUCUCGGCUGGGAGAAUGAACUGCAGCAGCUGGUCACCAGUGGCAGGGAAGAACAUGCCUUGGCAAAUCCCCUGAAUUCCGACAACGAAACAACGGACAGCGAACAAGUGGAUUCGGGGCAUGAGGAGGACUUUGAAUCGGAAUCGUUGACGGCCAGUUCCAAGGAUUCGAAUUACGGUUAAGAUUGAAAAUGUUUUAGUUUCAAAUUGAAGUGGAUUUUUAAUUUGGCAUGUAAUAUAUAUGUAUUUAUAUAUUUA